AUGGCCGCGGCCGCGCCGGCGAUGCGGGCCGGGCUGGUCUUGGUGGCGUUCUUGUUGUUGGCCGCAUCGGGGGCGGGGGCGAGGGCGGAGGGGGCGCUGCCGCGGUUCGCGGAGGCCCCCGAGUACCGGAACGGGGAGGGCUGCCCGGCGGCGGUGGCCGGCGCGGGGGUGUGCGACCCGGGGCUCGUCCACAUCGCGAUGACGCUCGACGCGCACUACCUCCGGGGCUCCAUGGCCGCCAUCUACUCGCUGCUCAAGCACGCCUCCUGCCCGGAGUCGCUCUUCUUCCACUUCCUCGCCGCUGACGCCGCCGCGCCCGGGGUCGGCGAGCUCCGGAGCGCGCUCGCCGCCUCCUUCCCGUCGCUGCGGUUCGAGAUCUACCCGUUCCGCGCCGACGCCGUCACGGGCCUCAUCUCCGCCUCGGUGCGCGCCGCGCUCGAGGCGCCGCUCAACUACGCCAGGAACUACCUCGCCGACCUGCUCCCCAAGUGCGUGCCCCGGGCCAUAUACCUCGACUCGGACGUGCUCGCCGUCGACGACGUGCGCAGGCUCUGGGAGACGCGCCUGCCCGCCGCCGCCGUCGUCGCCGCGCCCGAGUACUGCCACGCCAACUUCUCCCGCUACUUCACCGACGCCUUCUGGUCCGACCCGGACCUCGGCGCGCGCGUCUUCGCGGGCCGCCGCCGCGCGCCCUGCUACUUCAACACCGGCGUCAUGGUCAUCGACCUCCGGCGCUGGCGCUCGGGGAACUACCGCCACCGCGUCGAGCAGUGGAUGGAGUUGCAGAAGGAGAAGCGAAUCUACGAGCUGGGCUCCUUGCCCCCUUUCUUGCUCCUCUUCGCCGGCGAGGUGGAGGCUGUCGACCAUCGGUGGAACCAGCACGGCUUGGGCGGCGACAACAUUCUUGGUAGCUGCCGCCCGCUCCACAAGGGCCCUGUCAGCCUGAUGCACUGGUCAGGCAAGGGCAAGCCAUGGGAUCGCCUCGACGCCGGCAGGCCUUGCCCGCUCGACCAUACAUGGAAAUCAUACGACCUCUACAUUGGCGACGGUGAUGCAUCGCAAGCAUCGGCGCCGUCCUGGGCCUCAUUGUCAUCAUCGGCGUUGCCGUGGUAA